AUGUUCGAAGCGGUCAUGUGCCUCAAGGCGAACCGAUUGUUCUGGGAUUCAAAGCUUAUCAGUGCUGCUCUUGAGUAUUGCAACCUCCACUCCAAUUGGGUAUUGUAA